AUGUGGCUGGAGUCAGGAAGUGGUGAUGAAACGACAAAGGCAGAGAAAGCAGAAGUGUGUCUGAGAGACUGGCAUCCCAGAGACAGAAAGAGCUUUUCCUCCAGUAACAGCAUGGCAGCCAACUGUUCAUUUGAAGAUGUGGACCAUAUGAUGAAAUAUUUGGAGCUGGUUAUUUACAUCCCUGUCUUCAUCUCUGGGCUGAUUCUCAACAUUGCAGCUCUAUUUGUGUUCUGUGUGGUUCUGCGGAAAUGGACAGAGUCAAUGAUAUACAUGACCAGCCUGGCUCUGAUGGACUUGCUUCUCCUCCUUCCUCUUCCUUUCAAAAUGCAUGCCACAAACCACCGCUGGCCUGCAAACUUCCAGCUCCUCUGUUCAGUUCUGGAAACCCUGUAUUUUGUUGGGAUAUAUGGCAGCAUCUACACUAUCAUGUGUAUAGCAGUGGACCGCUGGAUAGCCAUCUGUCACCCGUUCAAAGCCAAGCAACUGCGUUCACCCAAAGCUGCUCUGGGGACCUGCAUUGGGGUCUGGCUGCUGGUGGUGACCGUGAUCUCUCCUACCAUCUAUCGCUUCAGGAGGGCUGAGGAGGCAGACUUCCACUGCUUCCACCAGUUUUCAGAAACAAGCUGGAGGCCCUCAGUGAUCAUCUGCCUGCAGGUGUUUGGCUUCCUGCUGCCAGCACUGGUAGUGAUUUACUGCUCGGCUCAGACUAUCUGGGCUCUAACGAAGUCCGGAAAGCAGAGCUCACAGAGCCAGGCCUGUGUAAAGAUCAUCUACAGCAGCCUGAGCGCUUUUCUGUUACCCUUCACCCCCAGCCACCUGGCCAUCCUGCUGCAGUUUCUGGUGCAUCAAGGUGUGAUAGCAGACUGUGAAAAUAAGAUCAGGAUCAGCCUGUUCAUACAGACAGCCAUGUGCCUGUCCAACAUCACCUGCUGUCUGGACGCUGUAUGCUACUACUUCAUCGCUCACGAGGUGAGGAGCACCAAACAUACCUUCAGGCUGUCAAUGAUCGGCCAAAGAAGAGCAACCUUCAGCACCUCAGAGGUCUGA